GCAAACGCGCUGUGACACGUCACUGAGCCAGCGCAUCGCGCCUUGUCUCUGGCAGUCAAAGGAAUCGCAGAAACGCUCCUUUAUUCCUUCUCCAUAGUGAGCCACCCAGCUAAUACGGGUUUUGCUUUCUCUUAACAUCAUCACCCGUCAGCUAUGGAACAACAAGCAAAGGCGCCGGCGGACAUUCGCAAAGUCGCGACAUUCCUGCGUAGCGGCAAGGCGGGAAUCAAAGUGCGCGUUGGCGCGCUGAACGGGAAGCGAUUCGAUUAUUUCAAGGGCAAAUCUGCCAUCAAAGCCCUGCUCUCGCCCGCGUAUGCAAAGCAAAAAGGCGUCCCGAAAGUCUCUUCGGAGGCCGAAGCCGUUGCUCUACUUGCGUCUGUGAAUAGCUUCGCGUUCUUCCUGCGUGUGCAGCGCGGCGCCCCGUCGGGCAGCUCAUCAUCAUCACCCAAAGUCUUGCAAGUGAUUCCGGAGCAGAUGUUCGUUGGGGACGAGUACUAUGUUUGGUUCUUCGAGGGCUCUCAGUGGACGACCUACGCAGGCGCGGUGCUCAUGGUCGGUCUGAUGCUUGGGGGCGUGAUGUUCCCGUUGUGGCCCCCGUUCAUGCGGCUCGGCGUGUACUAUCUGAGUAUGGGCAUGCUCGGGCUGUUGGGACUUUUCUUCGCCAUCGCGAUUGUGCGCCUCAUCUUCUACAUCAUCACUGUGGUUGUCGCCAGCCCUGGCAUAUGGAUCUUCCCAAAGUUGUUUGCGGAUGUCGGCUUCGUCGAGUCAUUCAUUCCGCUAUGGGAGUGGGAUCUGCCGAAGAAGAAGUCGAAAAAGAGAAAGGGCGAUAAAGCCGCUGGACCUGUUGAGGGCGCAUUCAUUGAAGAGAUUCCAGACGAUUCCAGUGCGUCGCGUCCCGACAGUCGAGCUGCGAGAGUAGAGGAAGUCGAGGACGACGACGCUUAGACCCGGAGUACAUACUUAUUAUUUUACACACGGCCACACCGCCAGCACAUGUUGUGUCCAUUAUUUUCUUCUGGGUCUUUCAUGUAAGCACUGCAGUCAAACACGCACUCGCUCUGGGCCUG